AUGUCUCUCGAGAGGGCUUCAGCGGAAGAUCUGGACGAAUCGUUAUCCGAAAUCCAACCGAAAUCACUGGCAGAGCAAGAGUCCUCUUCGAGUUCACCACUGAACAAGGCCCUCCCUUCUGACCGGCCUCACCCCCUGCGCGUGUUUAUUCAAGUAAACACCUCAGGGGAGACCUCCAAAUCUGGGCUUGACCCUCUCUCGUCGGCAUCAGACCUCGAUUCAUCCGAGCUUGCCCAGUUGGCUAGAUACGUACUCACAGAAUGCCCGAAGCUCUGGUUGGAAGGGCUAAUGACGAUAGGCGCGCUGGAACUUUCGUUGAGUUCUUCUGAAGUGGAGAAGAAUGCUGAUUUUGAGAAGUUGAAGGAGACGAGAGAUGUGUUGGAUGAGUAUUUGGGAGGGUUGAGUGGAGAUGGGGAGAAGAGGUGGGGGAGGGAAGGGUUGGGUGGGUUGGCGUUGAGUAUGGGGAUGUCCAGUGACUUUGAGGCGGCUUUGAAGGCUGGGAGCGAUAUUGUACGAGUGGGGACUGGGAUAUUUGGACAGAGAGUGAAGAAGUCGACAUGA